UCAGGAUCCGGGCUAGGAGAAGGAUGCAGAUGGGAUCGCUGUGUGGCUGCCAGCUCCAGGCGCUGUGAUCUCACGUUUUCCCUGCAGUUUUACAAACAGGGAACAGCAGUGUGAUUGUUGGAAGACUGCACUGAUCUCACCAUCUGACUGCAACUUCCCUCUUUCAUUACAAUUAAAGUGCAUACAAGUCUAUGAUGGCAGGCCCUGUUACUCCUACGGUAAUAUUUCGCGAUGUUGCCGUUUAUUUUUCUGAGAAGGAAUGGGAACUUCUAGAAAAAUGGCAGAGAGACUUGUACACUGGCGUGAUAAAGGAAAUUCAUGGAAUCCUAAUCUCACUGGGCUUUAUCAUACUUAAUCCAAACAACUUCCUAAGGAUACAGCCUGAAGAUGAGCCGUGUAGGAAAAGUCAAAACAACAUAAAAACACCUGAAAAUAUUUGUGGUGAAAAUUCUGACUGUGGUUUGGUGAAUCCUGAUAUUUUAUUAACUGUCCAGCUUGGUGAAAAGCAGCGUGUUGCAGAUUCCUACAAACAAGAUGGAGGAAGAAAUGUAUUAGUUCCAAGUACAAGUAAAUUUAUUGACAAGUUUGGGGAAUACACCGCUAUUAAACAAGAAACUACUCUAGAAGAGUAUGCAAUUAUUUCUGAAAUUGAAACUUUGGACAGUUCAGCCAAAUGUUAUCCUUGCAAUGAACCAACUGUUCGAAGGGGUAAUUUUCAACAACACUCCUUAAACAACAAUAUACACAUGGAAGCAAAACAUGACAUCAGAUUUUCAACUGCGCAGGGACAAAGAGCAUCUUCCUCUGGUUUACUCAAGGCAAACACUGUUCCUGUGCCACAAAAGUUCAUUGUCAAGAAACCCUUUAAUGCAUGUGACAAAGGUUUCCCUGUAAAAAGCUUCCCCAAAAUCGAGCCGGUUACCAUAAGAAUCAAAUCAAAGGAUCAACUAUGUAACACUGAAAAUGUAGGUCUCGGUGGAAGAAAUCUUGCUAAUUAUGCAAUUGAAGAUGGAACGGUUAACCAGAGAGAACUCGGUAAUCAGAAACUUAAUCUAGGAAACAUUCCUACAAAAAACAAAGGGAAAGUUCAGUACAAUUUGAAAAACACUGGAUACUGCCAAAGAAUGUUAAGGUGGUCAGUUAGUCAAAAGGAAGAAAUCACUCCUAAACGCUAUGUGGCUGGUUCUCAAGGUCCAAAAGAGCCAGAAAGAGGCUUUAACUGCACCGAAUGUGGGAAAAGAUUCUUUAAAAUAUCUGAUCUCAGGCUUCAUCAAGCAAGCCACAGAAUGAAAAUGAAACAGUCCAAUGGAUGUGUCAUUCAAUUUAAAAGCAAUCAGAAACCUCAACCUGGCCCAAAACUGUCUAUUGAAGAAAAAAAUUCACAUGCUGGUUCCAUCAAAAAUGUUAUAUCAGGGGGAAAAUCUAUAACGUGUGUUGUGUAUGGAAAAAAUGCCAAUCCAAGCACCAACCUCAUGCAAAGUCAAAAAACACUUGUUAGAGAAAGACGGUUUGUUUGUAAAUUUUGUGGCAAAAGGUUUCAAAAUAAUAGUAAUCUUAUUGGACAUGAGAGAAUACACACAGGAGAAAAACCUUUUGAAUGUCCGGAGUGCGGGAAAAGCUUCAGCCAGAAAGCCAACCUCACAACCCACCAGAGGCUUCACACUGGAGAAAGGCCAUUUGUGUGUCUUACUUGUGGGAAAGGCUUUGCACAGAAGAUUAAUUUGCUUACCCACGAGCAAACACACACCAAGAAAAGGAAGAAAAUAGAUAACAAACAUGUCCUUAUGAACUGAUAAAUUCAUACAUCAGGAUUUGGCUGAUUCACUGAAAGGAAAGGUGUCUCAGCCAUACUAACCAUAAAGUGCCUGGAAAUACAGUUGUUCCUCUUCACAAAGUCUACUAUUUUUACAAACAACACACUUCUUCACGUGCAGGCUAAUUCUACUGUUAGUCUAGUUUUGGACUAGUUGACAGGUGCUACUCUUAAGAUGUAAAGAUGCAUAAGAAAGAAAGUACCUCAAAAAUGAAAAAUAUUUUAGAGAUCUCUAAAAUAUGAAUCAUUUGUUCUGUUUCCUCGCCUUACGUUUAAAUAUAUAAAUAUUCCCAGUUUGUAUAUAAAUUAUGGUAUUUCUGAUAUCCUUGAGCCUGAUCUCAGUAUCAGUUGAUUGUUUAAAACCUCAAGAAACCUCCUAUUUCUAUGUUUAAAAAUUGCCUAGCAAUGUAGACUUGGAAAAUGUUAUUUAUUGAGUAGUAGUUCUUUUUCUGUGUACUAUCUCCUUCAGGUAUUUGGAUAUAUUUUACAAUCUAUUGUAAACAUCUAGCUUCAAUAUAUAAUCUCUAGCCGCAAUUUCUAGUGCAGUAAUACUUCCAGUGCGUGCUUUUAUGUAGACUAACCUAACACGAUAAUUCUAAGGCUUUUAACAUUGUGUUCUUAGUUGGUCUGCUGAGAGUGCUAAAAAUGUUCAGUGCUGAAGGCCAUGUGGUGGUAUUACAUUUUUCAGGUAAAGAUGUGAAUGAAAGAAUUUGGCAAACAGAAUACUGUAUAGCAAUCACAAAUUCACUAAAUUGAAUCUUCAAUUUUAGGAACUACUGCUUCCAGCCAAGGGAGAUAAGUGCACAGGCUGGAUAUUUUCUAGCUCACCCUUAGAAAGGCAUUCAAAGGUAGCUAAACAAAACACUAGCAAAACAAACACUAAUUAUAACCUUUUUAAGUUUAUUAUAUGUUUUUAAGAGUGGACGAUAAUGUACUGUUUCUCUUUCUAGUAUCUGCAACUUUGACAUUCUUUACAUAAGUCCGUUUGAGAGAGAGAAAAAAAAAAAUACCAAUAUUUUUUGCAUCCUACUAAGUUGCAGUAAAUUUAGCUGAAAUUACAAUUUUUUUCCCUGCAAAACAUCUCAACGGUCAUACCCUCAGAUUUUAUUAUGUGAAUCGCUUGCUCAUAUCCUUGAAAUGCCUUUUGUUUGCAUCCUCUUUGCCCAUGCUACUGCUCUCCUUUAUACUGGUCAGUCGGGAAGUUCUCCUGAUACUACUCCCCUUUAUCAUUUUUAUCUUCUGUCCCUCCUUCACUUAAUUUUUUUUACUCUAUCUGAUUAUCUUUUAUAAAUAGGCCGGUAUAUGCUUGUGUUUUAUUCUCCCCUUUCUCCCACACAGUUGUGUUUUUUGUCUCUCGUUGUAUUUGUACAACUUAUUAGAACAGUUUUUUUUUUCUUCUAAUUUUUAAUUAAAGGAACACAUCUCAAUGAAGAGUCCAUGUUGCCUGGAGUACCCAGGUGCCAUCUUUCGUUCUAGUGUUAAAUGCUUUUCAGGCAGCUCACUACUGUAGUACUCAGUUGUUGGUCUGUUAUCUCUCCUAUUGUGCUCAAGCUAAUGCAAAAGCAAAGGGGCAGCAGUGAAAGGCUGAGAAUGUCAGCUGAUGGUCUUAGUGUAUUACAGUUCGCCCGUUGCUCGUAAACUUAUGAACAUUUUGAACCUUUGUUUGCAGUGGGUGGCCAUGUCAAGGUAAGUAUAAAAACCCAACACACAGUGCUUAAACCUAUACUACCUAACUAGAGAAACAAAGGACAGCUGUGUAUUAUCAGACCUUAGAGUGGCCGUGCUUAGCGCAAUGCCUAUAGUUGGUGAAAUGUAAAGUCAAGAAAAAAGCAAGGUCAUAGAUUCAAGAAACCUAGAAUAAUGAUAUGCUAAGCUGGGUCAUACUGAUAAGAGUAGUCAGAAAAGCCAAACCAGGAAACCAGAAUUUCACAGACUUAGGAACGCGCUAUUGAGAUCCCAAGGGUGAUGCUUUGUGUCUUGUUAAAAAGGAACAGGGCUACAGCAUCAGAAAUGCUCACGGGUGUGUCUGAGGUUGUGAAACUGAUAUGGUUCCUACUUGGAGAGGAAGGGGCACCAGGUGAGUGGCGUAGUGCAAGGAAAUGUAUUCUUACAGACCAGUGAUAAGCUUAGAGCAUCAGCUAAUGCCUCUCCUCUUGGGCUAAUGCGGAAGUUAAGGGGCUUAAAGUGGUUUAACACUGGAAGGUAGAACAGUGCCAGGGGACUCCAUGCUUCAUGGCCACCUCAUUAGGAUGAAUUGGUUAAUUGAGAAGAUGUUCCUUUGAUACCUUAAUCUUUAAAAAUUACCACAUCUUUAAAUAUUUUCUAACUAGAAAAAUAACUUUUUCAAAUAAAUGACCAGGAGUUACACUUUUCUGAUAGUUCGUGCAAUGCAAUGGUGUUUCCUGUCAGAGACAGCAUUAUUUCCAGGUGUCUGUGAUGCAGAAAGUAUAAGCACAGAAAAGUAAAUCUGGUAAACCAUAACAGGAAGAACUAUCAGAACCAACUGUUGGAAAGUAUAAAGGUACAUAUAACAACAUGGCCAUUUAUUUAUGAAGAAGAAAAAUAUGCGAACCCAUCUUUAACAUAAGUAUCUGAGGAGGGUCUCCGAGCUAAAUUCAGAUAUAUGUAAAUGUUACAGAAUGUGAAAUAAUGUAUGUUACUGUGUUUUAGAGAGUGCAAGUACUGAAACAUAUCACAACAUUCUGUAUUCUGCUUGAUAUUUUUGAUCAUA